GUGUUACUGGUCUGGUCUGGAUUGCUCCUUCAAUGUCACGUUUGUUGUGUGUAAAAUUAUUUAACGUCUGGCUGCAAGAUUGUGUAUAAGUGUGUGGAACAUGAAGAAAUUUAGCUGUAUAUUGUUUAGUUCACUGAGUACCGUAUGUCGACAGUUGUCUGCCCCUCUAAACGGAAGUACAGCCUCUCUAUGUGGAAGCAGAGCGUUGCAGCGGACAGUAUGCAGCAGUGCUGUCAGGCAUCAGGAAAAAGAAGCAUCCUCCAGCGCAGAGACUGCGAAGGACUUCAGCUAUUUACCUCCACUGCCUGGACAUGACAGCGCACUGAGAUGGGGCGGGAAGAAGUUUGAAGACUUACCAAUUGUUCACAUUAAAGCUACAUACAACAACACUCACAUCCAGCUAACAGACAGCGCAGGGCAGUCCGUGGUGAGGACAUCCUGCGGAACAGAAGGUUUCAAAAAUAUCAAGAAGUCGACGCCGAUCGCUGCUCAGACUGCGGGCAUCUCUGCUGCUGCGAAAGCCACAGCCAAAGGAGUUAGCUUUGUGCGUGUUGUGGUCAAAGGUCUUGGUCCCGGGCGUUUGUCUGCAAUCAAAGGCCUGACAAUGGGAGGCCUGGAGGUGGUAUCUAUCACUGACAACACCCCCGUGCCACACAAUGGAUGCCGCCCACGGAAAGCCAGAAGGAUGUGAUCUUUGUGUGCCAGAAUGCACUGCGACAGGAGGAAGCUUUUGUGUUGAAUUAUGCUAAUAAAGAGUUUUGUUGUGUAGCUUUUUUGGCUCUGAGCUGACCUUACAAAAAGCGUUUUGGGGAAAUAAUUGCAGAUGGGUGUUAUUAAUGAGCAGAGAACAGGCUUCUCAGUCCUCUGCUGCUACUGUUGGCAGAUGAAUAAACCUUCAUUCUCACUGCAGGCGCUUUUAUGUUCAUUAGUAGACUGAUGUUUGUACACAGCACAGAAAAGGCUCUGCGUGGGAACAACUAGUAGCCACGGGAACUCUUGAUCCUGACUAUGCUACACAGCUGAACCUACAGGGCUGCAGAUUGAUGCAAGAUUGCCCAAGUUUAACCUUCUUGUGUGCCUUUUUAUAUUGUCAACUUUCAGCACAUUAGACAGUCACACAUCUUUUUAACAUGAUAAAAAUACAACAGUCUCCUCUCUUCCCCCCUUCACCCUUUUCUUUACAUUUUGCUAGGAAAAUGGGAAAUUUUUUAAAACAUGCAAGUAUACAUGUGAAUACAGGAUUUAAGGCACAAACAGAGUUUCUAUCAUUCUAAUGAGCUUGAAAGUCAAUAUUUGAUAUGACCACCUUUAUUCUUCAACCUAACCUGAACUCUCCAA